GUUGUUGUCCCCUUUCUUUUUCUUGUAGGUAUUAAUCUUGUGUCCUCAAGCUCUUCAUCCACAAUGCUUCGUUUUCUCCUUCUCUUAGCUGCCCUGUGCGCAGUCACCUAUGGUCAAUGUCCCACCAUCCUCACUAAGUCACAGUGGGGCGGACGUGCAGCAACUUGCAGAACCGCAAUGACUACACCUGUCACCUAUGUGGUCGUCCACCACACCGAGGGGACAGCCUGUACCUCCCAGUCUGCCUGCAUCACACAGGCCAAAAACAUCCAGAACUACCACAUGAAUUCCAAUGGCUGGUGUGAUAUUGGAUACAACUUCCUGGUGGGCGAGGACGGAAACGCUUAUGAAGGUCGUGGGUGGACAUCAGUUGGAGCACAUGCCCCAAAUUACAACUCCAACUCCAUCGGAAUCAGCGUGUUUGGAUCCUUCACCAGUAAAAACCCCAACACCGCUGCCCAGAAUGCAGUUAAAAACCUCAUCAGCUGCGGGGUCUCCAGAGGCUACAUUAAAUCUGCCUACAUCCUGAAGGGACAUCGCAAUGUGACCGCCACCGACUGCCCUGGGAACACCUUCUACAACACAGUAAAAACCUGGCCACGCUUCCAGGCGUAAGCUCUAAC